UCCAUUCUCGAUCAAUGGCGCCCUCCAAGAAAACAAUGUUGUUUGUGUGCCUAUUGGUUGCUACAUCGGCAAUGGUAGUUCCAGCUUCAGCCCAAUUUGGACUAGGAGAUCUCCUCAAUUUUCUUCGUAUAGGCUCCAUCCAAGGCAUCUUGUUUUGCUCUGGCAAUGGAACCGCCACUGUUGGUUCCAAUGGCACCAUUAUUAGCCCGCCAUUCUCAAAUGCUACGGUCCAACUGCGUUGCGGAUCAGGCAAUGGUACUGUGAUUUCGACUGGGAUUACCAGCUCCACUGGACAGAUUUCAAUUCCGUUGAACAUUCUCUCAUUUUCACUCAGUCAAAUAUUAUCCGGAUGUCGUCUUGUGGUUGCCACCCCACUUGCACAGUGCAACGUCACUCUGCCUUCAGUCGGAACCCUCACAUCGAACUUGAUCCGAAAUGGAACUAUCACCAUCGGCGGUAUCAAUAUCCCCAUUCUCAGUCCAAUCGGAUUUACCUUAACAUAGUUCAAGUCAACAAUCUGGUCUAUAUAUAUAUUAGCGUACUUCUUAAUUAAAUGAAUAAAGGUCUGUGAUUGUGUUACGUUCCUGAUACGUACCAACCAGAUUGAAAAGAUCUUUCAUACAUGUCUUCCAUGUAUAACUAUACGUGAUUGGAAUUCUAGUGAUACUAGA